GAGAAUAUAGGAUACUUUUCCAAUCCAUCAAGGUUUUACCGUGAUAUCCGUUGUAAAAAAAGGCGGAAAGAACCAGUCCUGCGAAUCUCAGUGAAGCAAAUGUAGCUGAAGGUAGUUAACACACAACGAUCUUGUCCUUGCUUUGUGGAGAUUAGUAUAAAGGAAACUGUACGAGCACCACUGGCGCAGAUAGAGGUAAACCUCGAUGCACAACCAUGCCCGCUAACGAGGAAACUUUGAACGUGUCCUCGGACCAAACACGAGUUAAUUUCGUGGAGAAAGUUUGUAACAACGGUUUACAGAACAAUCUUGAUCGUGUAUGUCCUGACAACCACGAAGAAGACUGUCAAAAUGGUUGUCCAGGUUCUAUCGUCAAAGGAAAAUCAAAUGAACAUUGUCAUUAUAAGAGUCUUCCAGUGAGAGAGAUUCAUGAAAAAUUCAUGAGAAGCUUUGUUGAUCUGCUCCUAGAAGAGGCACUGUUUAUGGGAACUUCAAGAAAAAAUAAAGUAGUGGAGUGGAUGGAGCCAACAGCACUGCAGUCAGCUAUAGAUUUAAAAUUGUCAGAGCAGGGGUGCUCACAUAAAAAACUUAUUAGCCUUGCUCACAAUGUGAUCAAAUACAGUGUAAAAACAGGUCAUCCGCGAUUUGUAAAUCAAUUAUAUUCCAGUGUAGAUCCAUAUGGUCUACUUGGACAAUGGCUAACUGAUGCCUUGAAUCCAUCAGUCUACACCUAUGAAGUUUCUCCAGUAUUCUCCUUAAUGGAAGAAGAAAUAUUGUGCGAAAUGAGAAAAAUAAUUGGUUGGAUGGAUGGAAGUGGUGAAGGAAUAUUCUGUCCAGGUGGUUCUAUUGCCAAUGGUUAUGCAAUUAAUCUAGCCCGCCAUUACAGGUUUCCACAGUUGAAGGAAUUAGGUUUAUCCAGUAUUGGCAGAUUAAUAAUCUUCACAUCUCAAGAUGCUCACUAUUCUGUAAAGAAACUUAGUGCAUUUCUAGGAAUAGGCACUAACAAUGUCUUUGAAGUGAAAACUGACAAUAGGGGGAAGAUGUCCAUAACAGACUUAGAAGUACAAAUUAAAAAGGCUCUUGAUGAAGGUGCAAUACCCUUAAUGGUUUCUGCCACAGCAGGAACAACCGUUUUAGGUGCUUUUGAUCCUUUAAAAGAUAUUGCUGUCAUCUGCAAAAAGUACAAUCUGUGGUUUCAUGUUGAUGCAGCCUGGGGAGGGGGAGCUUUGAUGUCUAAGAAAUACAGGCAUCUUUUGAGUGGUGUUGAAUUGGCAGAUUCAGUUACUUGGAAUCCACACAAAUUACUGGUUGCUCCACAACAAUGUUCAACACUGCUACUGCGUCAUGAAGGUCUUCUGCAGGCUGCACAUGGCUCAAAAGCUACUUAUCUCUUCCAAUCAGACAAGUUCUAUAGUACAUCUUUUGACAGUGGGGACAAACAUAUUCAAUGUGGUCGUAGAGCAGAUGUAUUAAAAUUUUGGUUUAUGUGGAAAGCAAAAGGCACUCAAGGUUUAGAGAGACAUGUGGAUCGUGUCUUCGAAUUGGCUCAAUACUUCACGGAUUACAUAAGACACAGAGAAGGAUUCAAUUUAAUAUUGGAACCUGAGUGCACGAACGUCUGCUUCUGGUAUAUACCACCUUCAAAACGUCAUUUGCAGGGUGAAAACUUGUUAAAAGUCCUCCAGAAAAUUGGACCAACUGUGAAGGAGCGUAUGGUGAAAAAAGGGUCGAUGUUAAUCACGUAUCAGCCUUUACGCGAACUACCUAACUUUUUCAGACUUGUUUUGCAGAAUUCUGGACUCACAGAGGCUGAUGUAAGAUUUUUCGCGGAAGAAAUCGAAAGGCUUGCAAGUGAUUUGUAG